AUGACCACCAAUGGAACCAAUGGAGCUCUUCCCGCCCAGGGUCUGGCCGGAGAGACUAUUGCUGCUAUUGCGCAAGCUCAAACUAUCAGCGCAGACGAAAUAGCCCUCUAUGACCGUCAAAUUCGGCUUUGGGGUGUCAAGGCACAGGAAAAACUACGCACUGCCAACAUUCUUCUGAUUUCGAUGAAAGCACUUGCAAAUGAAGUCGCAAAAAAUCUUGUUCUCGCAGGAAUUGGCUCCCUUACUAUUGUCGACCACGAGCUUGUCAGUCCUGACGACCUUUGUUCACAAUUCUUCAUCACAGACGAUGACGUCGGCAAGAACCGCGCCGACGCAGCGGCUCCUCACAUUCGCAAACUGAACCCCCGUGUAACCUUACACGUCGACCAGCAGGACAUACGCCUGAAGCCCCAGGAAUUCUUCGGACAAUUCUCUCUCAUCAUCGCAACGGACCUCGACUUUGAGACUCUCAACACUGUCAAUGCGGCCGCACGUCUAUCAAAUCGCCCAUUCUACGCGGCGGGCACGCACGGAUUCUACGGGUAUAUAUUCGCAGAUUUAAUUUCGCACGAUUUUGUCAUUGAACGGGAAAAGUCCAAUGUGCCAACCAUUGUGCCCAAGAUUGAGACCGCAACACGCACCAUUACUGCAUCCACCACCAAAGAAGAAAGCGGCGGCAAGACAAUUGAGCUCGUCACCAAACGCGAGCUGUACUCUCCUCUCCUUCUUGCAAACUCUUCUCCUUUGCCGCUAGAAUAUGUCAACAACCGUCGGCGUUUACGUCAGGUCACGCCUCUUUUGACCUGUCUGAAAGCGCUCUGGGAAUAUCAAAAGAUUGUAUCGGGCACACUUCCCUCUCAUUCGCAUGCCGAUCUCGAGCUAUUCACGACCUUAGCUACCGAGAAACAUCGCGAACUGCAAUUACCCCCUGAGUCGUUGAGAAGCGACUUUUUGCGCCGCUUUUUGCAAAAUCUGGGAAGCGAAAUCGCACCAGUGACGGCAUUUCUGGGCGGCCAGCUUGCACAGGAUGUAAUUAACGUCCUCGGUCAACGCGAGCAGCCAAUUCAGAAUCUACUCUUAUUUGAUGGAGAAGAGUCCAGAGGGCCCGUAUAUGCUCUACAUCCCAUCUUUCCGACGCUGGAUGCCGCUGCUGUUCCAGCCCCAGCUGCUGCCCCAACCACAGCUCCAGCUCCUGUACUAGAUACGCCAUCCCAAGUGCCACCAGUUGUGCCAGUAGAUGCCGCUCAGCAGGUCACCGCAGAGAUUCCUCAAAUCCCGCAAUUUGACGGAUUUAGUGCACCUGCGGUGCAGCCUGUCCCAGAGAUACCUCAUACCACGCCAGCUCCGCUGGUUGACAAUGCCAUUGAGCAACCUGUGCAACCAGUCCCGUCAGCUCAGCCGGGGCAGUCGGGGGAGCCUACAGCGGAAGUCCCACAGGCGGCGCCAGUCCCAAACAUGUCGCAGGCACCGCCGGCUCAGCAAGAAGACGGAUCCACGCAGCCAAUGCAGACGGACCAGUAA